UUCCACGUUGAACGCUUGGCUUAAAUAGUAACUUGUAAUUGUAACGUGUAGUCGUUCAUUUCGAAUGCACAUGGCGCGGCGCGACGAAAAUAUUUUUAUCACAUUCCACGUUGCCGUACUCUUGUAGUUCUCUAGACACUUAGAUACUUUUGUUAUUUCAUUUUAUAAACGAUCGCUGAUUCUUGUUCGACAGUCAGUCAGCAGUGAACCGCGGAUAGAAUAGCAUUAAAAUAAAAUAAUUCCUAACUGAAUUUAAAAUAAAAUAUAAUACAACAACAACAACAAAUAUCAAUCUUCUACAGUCGUCUCGUCGUCGGCGUUCGUAGUCGUCGUGGUGAUAUUUAUCAUUUCUGCUGCAGCAAAUAUAUCUGCUAUUAAUUUCGUGGACGGAGGAUUUUGAUGUAUGUGCGAUGGCAAUGUUGUUUUUAGGCAUUGCAUUCAAUUAAAUUCAAUUUACGAGUGGACUCAUCAUCACUUGUUUAUUUAGUGUCGAUUAAAAAAAAAUAAAUUAAAAUAAAAAACAAAACAGAAUUAAAGUGAAAAAAAAACUAUUUUCACAGUGAAAAUAUUAAAAAAAAAAAAUAAAACACAUAAUGGCUUCAAAAAUACAAACUUCACCAUCGAGAGGAUUUCUACUGGCUGCAGCUUUCGUGACGGUUGCAUCGUGCAUAGCAGUGGUGACAAGCGCCGAGGAAUGUGGCCAAGAGGAAUUCACAAAGUGCUCAGAGCCCCUAGACAUGCUUCAUCUAACGUCUGAGUUUUCAAUUGGGGCCUCCAAAAAGGAAGAACUAGACAAACUUUGCCAGGAACUGCGUAAGGGAGUCCGUUGCAUACAGAGCUACACAAGAAGGUGCAUGGAUCUGCAGCAGAGGAAUCAAUUUAAUAAAUUAUACCAUGGCACUAAUCAAUUCAUUCGGGAUUUAUGCAAUAAAGGCGAAUUCCAGGACGAGUAUCUUAAACAUGCACCUUGCUCAGAAGCAGCCAAAAAGGAGUUUGAGGUGUGCUCUUCAAAAUACAAAGAGACAAUGGUCUUUAUGAAGCCGAAUAAGAAUCAAGAAAACCAUGAGAAUAUUACACUCAAUGAAAAUAUCAAAACGAUAUGCUGUUCUAUAAAUGAACUUGUCGAUUGCUCGGAGGAUGCAGCAAGACAAGUUUGUGGUAACGAAGCGGCAAAAUUCACUAGGGAACUUGUGGACAAGUAUGCGAAUAGUUUGACAAAGCUCUAUUGUGAAGAAUACACACGGCAUCCGGGUUCAUGUAGAGACGGAGAUUCUGGAACCGGACAUCGACAUCAAUCACAAUCACUGCUUGGGCUUUCAAUAGCACUAGUGAUUGCCCUCACAUAUCAUCAAAGAAGAUAGAUUCUAUCAUAAGCUAUAUAUUAUGAUGGUAAAUAAAAUUCUAGCAAUGUUGACAUUGCACGAGUUAAAUCAUAUAAAGAUACCUCCAGCCACUCAAAAACGCACCCCUUAAAAAUGAAGAAAACAAAAUCACAAUCCCCCGAAAACACUCGGUAAAGCAAUUUCGAAACUUUAGUCAAUUUCUUAGAUAAGAUUUAAAAAAAAAAAAACAAACAAAAAUUGUUAGCAUCAUAUCAUGUUAAAAAGCGCUCAUAUCAACGCAAUGUAUAUUCUUUGUUUUUUAAAACAUAUUUUUGUAUUUCUUUGAAAUAGUUUGAAAACUGAGCGAAAGUUUUGACACGUUUUAUUAGCAACACAAAUUUUUUGACUUAUCACAGAGCAAAACAAAUUUUUUGAAAACAGUCAAGAACAUAAAUCUUAAUUACAACAAUAGAAAUAAAUUUAUCAAAAUUACCCCUAAAGUAAACAAAAUAAAUAGAAAUUAUACUAAAAAAUGCGCUUCAAAAUGGAAUAUAAAGAAAAUGUAAAAAAAAUCAUUAAGUAAGAAAAAGUAUAAAACUGCAAUGAAUAAUGCAGCGUUGAUCGAUUAAAUUAGAUAAGUUAAGAAAAUGUGUCGGUGAACAGUAUCGUUACUAUUGUAAUGCCAUUAAAUUAAGAAAAAUAAAAAUAAUUAAGCACAAAAACCCCAACAGGUGACAAUUAUAGUGGCAGUGAGUUAUGUUUUCUUUUGAUUCAACAUAAUUUCUUUUCAAUUUGGAGUCCCACAAGGUUCCAUUUUAGGAACUAACAUAUCUCUUUGACGGUUCAUCAAGAAUUAUUAUAUCACUUCCACCACACUGCCACACGAACUGCCACCUGUCAAAACGUUAAGUAGUUCUAGAGAAUUAAGUUUAAUGAAAUUAAAAACAAACAAAAUCAUAAUUAAUUAAAAAAA